UUUUGUCUGACACCGUGUCUGACGCGAUGCUGUGGCUUGUCCCUCGGAUUCCCCGGCUCGACGAGUCCUUACUCAUCCCCUUGUUUGGAGGAGGGAUUUCAGGCGCCCCUGCCCGAGCCCCGUGAGGAUAUUUCUCGGCUGAUGGAGCAGCAGAGCGGGAGCUGUGCAUGACAGGAGGGGCUGCCAGAGGCGUGCCCGAGCGGGGCUGGCUGCUCCCCUCCUGCAGCAGCGCCCAGAGGCACCUGUACAACACCGAGGCGUGUCAGGAAACCUGAUGCCUCACCUCUGUCAAUGUGGAGGCGGAGGGAGGAGGGCCCAAAGACAUGUCCCUUCACGCUCGCACCAGCUGAAAACAGAGAAGGAAACUCGCUAGAGCCUUUUUUUACCGGCGCAGGAAGCCUCUUGUCCCGCUCUCACCCCAGAAGCCCUCCCGUACUCCACUACUCUGGGGGGGUGGCUGUCCCGCACCCGCCGGGCGAUGAACAUCGCAAGGAGAAGAGGCUUUUACAGACAGGAGGUGAACAACACGCUCUGGGAGCUGCCCAGGAGAUACACAUCCCUCCACCCGCUGGGCUCCGGGGCCUACGGCUCCGUGUGUUCAGCCAUAGACAAGAAGACGGGGGAGAAAGUGGCCAUCAAGAAGCUGUGCCGCCCGUUCCAGUCAGAGAUCUUUGCCAAGAGAGCCUACAGAGAGCUGAUGCUCUUGAAGCACAUGCAGCAUGAGAAUGUCAUUGGGCUCCUUGAUGUCUUCACCUCCACUGCCUCCUACCAGGGGUUCCAGGACUUCUACCUGGUGAUGCCAUACAUGCGGACAGAUUUACAAAAGAUCAUGGGACAUGAAUUCAGUGAUGAAAAGAUCCAGUACCUGGUCUACCAAAUGCUGAAAGGGCUGAAGUAUAUUCACUCAGCUGGCAUUGUGCACAGGGACCUGAAGCCAAGUAACCUAGCUGUGAAUGAAGACUGCCAGCUGAAGAUCUUGGAUUUUGGCUUGGCCAGACAGGCUGAUGCUGAGAUGACUGGCUACGUGGUCACACGGUGGUACAGAGCCCCAGAAGUCAUCCUGAACUGGAUGCAUUACAACCAGACAGUGGACAUCUGGUCUAUUGGCUGUAUCAUGGCAGAAAUGCUGACUGGGAAAACACUCUUUAAAGGAAGAGACUACCUGGAUCAGCUGACCCAGAUACUGAAAGUAACAGGGCAUCCAGGAGAGGAUUUCUUGGAGAAGCUGGAAGACAAAGCGGCAAAGAGUUAUAUCAAGUCCCUUCCCAAAAUCCCCAAGAAGGAUUUGUCUGUGCUUUUCCCUAAAGCAAAUCCUCAGGCUGUGGACCUGCUUGACAAGAUGUUGCAGCUGGAUGUGGAGAAGCGCCUCACAGCAACAGAGGCCUUGGCUCACCCCUACUUCGACCAGUUCCGAGAUAUCGAGGAGGAGACAGAGGCACAACACUCCUAUGAUGAUUCUCUGGAGCAUGAAAAGCUUUCAAUAGAGGAAUGGAAAACUGCCACUGAAUGCCUUUUUCUGCACAUCCAACACUCCAGCUUUUAUUUGUGUCCUCUGAAAUCACACAUUCAUGGUUAUUUUGUUCUGUUUUUCAAGAACACAUUUACAAGGAGAUCUUGACCUUCAGCCCCAUUGCACGGAAGGAUUCAAAGAAGAGAAGUGGGAUGUCAUUAUAGCAACGGGUGCAGCUGUGGCUGGGACUCAGUUCUCCUUGAUGACAUCAAAUCCAUUCCACACUGUGCUGCUGGUGGCCAACUUUUGGCCCGUGGGACCUCUCUCUGUGUGCCAACACAAGGAUGACGCCGUGCUGCGGGCACUGGACUUUGUUCUACGAAAGGGGAAGCACCCCAGGCAGUUUUCAACAUAAAAGACAAAUAUAUUCUUGUUGAAACUU